AGAUAACACCAUCAUCUCUCCGCAUGUUUCAUGUUAUCCUUCUUCUGGUAGCUCGUUUUAUAUCGGCCGGACUGAAGUUACUUGUAGUGUCUUUGACGGCUUCAACAAUGUUUCAGACUGUGUCUUUGUUGUCACAGUUCAAGAUUUAGAAAGCCCACUUGUGACGUGUCCCGAUACCACCAAUGCGAAUGUGGACCCAGGAAUGGCAGACGCUGCUGUAGACUGGUCCCCGCCUCCAUUAGCUGUUGACGCUGCUGAAGGUGUUGUCAAAGUCAGAUGCUAUAAUGAAGACGACCAAGUUGUGCAGACUGGAGACAGAUUUCAACCAGGGACGACAGAUGUCACGUGCUCAGCUUCAGAUAGCAGCGGGAAUGAAAACAGUUGUGAAUUUGUCAUCACAGUCACAGAUAACGAAGGCCCCAUCGUAACCUGCCCAACUAAUCGCAGACAAAAUGUAGAGUCCGGAAUGGCGGAUGCAACAGUAGACUGGUCCCCGUUACCGUCGGCCCAAGAUGUCGUCGAUGGUCCUGUACGUGAUGUAACCUGUGUCAAUGAAGCCGGAGACAAGGUUGAGUCAGGGAACCGAUACUCUGUUGGUGAUUCUGUGACCAUGUGUUCGGCAUCUGAUUCAAGUGGUAAUGAGGGAGAUUGCAGUUUCGUCAUCACAGUCGUCGACAACGAAGCUCCAAUCAUGACGUGCUCGAAAGACCUGGAAGCAGAGGCACCCAAAGGCAUGACGUAUGCGACCAUAGAGUGGUCCCCAGUCCCGUCAUGUAUCGAUGUAGUCGACGGUGUUUCGGACGUAACGUGUAGAAAUGACAGAGGCGACGUCGUUGAGAGUGGGGACAACUUUUCAGUGGGUGUGACGACAAUAACUUGUACAGCCUCUGAUAAAAGUGGCAACGAGGGAAGUUGUGAAUUCAGCACUAACGUUACAGGAUGCCCGGUCAUAUUCAUGUGCCAAAAUGGUGGGAAGUUUUCUUACAAGUCAUGCAGCUGUGAUUGCUCACCGCCUUACGCUGGAAGCAACUGUACAGAUUGCCAACCUUGUCAAAAUGGCGGAUCGUACCAGAAUGCCGUGACGUGUGGAUGUGACUGCCCAAACCUCUACACCGGUUUGCUGUGUUCAGUUUGUCAAAGUGGAGAUGUAUGUCUGAAUGGGGGAACCUUGGAGGAAGACACGUGCUCUUGCGGUUGCGCAGAUGGCUGGACAGGGAGAUAUUGCUCAGAGACUACGAGUUGUGUUCCCAGUGACGAGUAUCCAGAUCCACCCGGUGGAGUCGUGAUUGAGAAAAGGAUAUCAAUUGAAAUAGCCGUCAUUUCUCCAGUUAUUGAGAAUAAAAAAUGUGACACAACCGUCAAUAAGAACUCUGACGUGUGUUUGCACCUCGUCACUGAAUUCAGACAAGCGGUAGAAACGGAGUACUCUUUUCUAUCAGGUUUUGACCGCGUUGAAAUCAAUCAGGACGAUCUCAAGCCCGGUAGUGUGAUUGUGCCCCACGAGGUGGUAUACGACUACGGGAAGAUGACCCCAUCAGCCCGGGCCCUCUCCGCCGUUGGUAUCUACGAGAAGACCGUCUGGAAGGCAGUUCAGUCGGGUUGGCUUGGGGUUCUACAAAUACCGACGGAGUGUCGAAACUGUUCAACACAAACUGAUAAGACCUACAUGUGCAACACAGAGAAACCUCAAUGUCCCAUAGGACUUGACCUUGUGGAGAUGCACAAUAGUCAGGGAACCUGGUGCUACUACGUAUGUCAGUCACGCUGCAAAGCCGCAGCUGGUUACUGUGGGGAAGGGACGUGCUAUCAGGAACCAGACAGUGACGGAAUAUUAUGCAGUUGUCCUCAAUCGCCAGAGAUACUCUAUCUCGGCAGUCACUGUCAGCUACGAGUCCAUCUCAUUGGGUUCUACGUUGGUUGCGGGAUUGGAGGCACUACGAUACUUCUACUGAUUAUUAUCUUGGUGGUUUGCUUGAUUCAACGUAGAGAAGAAAUCAACAAGUAUAAGCUGGUGAAUGGAGGAGAUGGACAAGAGAAAGGGAGUGCUUCAGACGAUGGGGUAAGGGGCCAGUUGUACAUGGUGGACGGGGAUAUCUUCCCUAGCAGCCCCAUGUACGGAUCAAGCAACUCCCCGGAUACCACUCACCUCUACCCGUACUCUUACAUCUACGGUAAGAAAGGCGGCUACGCGAACAAACUCAAGACCGAGAUCUUCUGGUCAGAGUCAGCCGUGGAGGUAGCUGACGAGACGGCCCAAGAACCCACCGACAUCGUCACCGACGAGCAGACCAACGAGAGCUUCGAGAGGCUUCAAGUUGGCCCAGUAAAGAAACAUAGGAACUGGUACUUCUGGGGGAACCUUGCAGACCCAUUGAAGGGGGAGACGAAACUUAUUCGGAUGGUCAGUGGAACCGAUGACUAGAAAUUAUUAACAAUGAGAAAACAAACGAUACAGGGGGGGGGGAUAAUACGGAACUUGAUUGUAAAAAGAAUCAAUUCAUUUUUGGAUAGAGAUUUGAAACAAUAGGCUAUACAUUAUUUAGGCGCAAUGAGUAGAUGUAAUGUUUUCUAAAAAUGUUCUUCUUUAUUAUUGCUUUGUGAGACCAGUCUGCAAAUAAUGUGUUGUGAUAAAUGUAUGUUGUAAUUGUUCCUUUGUAAUAGCUUUACUAAUAUUUACCUUGACUAAACGAACGUGUCACUAGAUUUGCCGUUUUGUAGAACCAAAGGGUAUGUUUAACAUUGAUAAGAGUACACAAACUAAUGUGUCAUGGCAGAAAACUUCCUUUGAAUUAUUUGACUGAAAAGCAGUAGGUUUUGAGAAAUGAGUAAAACAAAUUAUAUUUAGUUUAUUAAGUACGUAUUGGUUUGCAAGUCCAAAACUAAAUGUUUGAAAACAGUACAAACAAAGUAUUCCCCCUUUUUCUCUCGUGACUCCAAUGACCGAUUUCUAAAAUUUUUAAAGGUUUGAUAUUUAUAUACAUGCAUUGAGUCACAUGAAUUGUGGAUAGACACCAGCGUUACACAUGUGCUUUAAGUGCGGGGAGGUGGGGGGAGUUUAGGUAAUAGAAGAUCUGUCACGACUUCCCACACAAAUUACUGUAAUAGUUUCAAUAACUGCUUUUAUAUGUAGUUCGUUAUACAUUAUGCAUAGACCCAGUUGAAGCAAAACCUUUCAGUCUUAACGAACACAAACAAUUAUAUAGAUCUCUCAUUAAUAUAAAAAUAGGAGCCGGUUAUAGAUACUAUACGAUGCCCC